UUGAUUCACUUUGGAGCUGUAAGUACUGAUGUAUUAGGGUGCAGCGCUCAUUGUUCAUUGACGCACAGAGUCCCAAAAUGAAUAUCCAAGAGCAGGGUUUCCCCUUGGACCUCGGAGCAAGUUUCACCGAAGAUGCCCCCCGACCCCCAGUGCCUGGUGAGGAGGGUGAACUGGUGUCCACGGACCCCAGGCCCAUCAGCCACAGCUUCUGCUCUGGGAAAGGUGCCGGGAUUAAAGGUGAGACUUCAACAGCCACUCCGAGGCGCUCAGAUCUGGACCUGGGGUACGAGCCUGAGGGUAGCGCUUCGCCCACCCCUCCGUACUUGAAGUGGGCCGAGUCGCUGCACUCCCUACUGGACGAUCAAGACGGGAUAAACCUGUUUAGAACUUUUCUGAAGCAGGAGGACUGUGCCGAUCUCCUGGACUUCUGGUUUGCCUGCAGCGGCUUCAGGAAACUGGAGCCCUGUGACUCGAAUGAGGAGAAGAGGCUGAAGCUGGCCAGAGCUAUCUACCGCAAGUACAUCCUCGAUAACAAUGGCAUUGUGUCCAGGCAGACCAAGCCAGCCACCAAGAGCUUCAUAAAGGACUGCAUCAUGAAGCAGCAGAUCGAUCCUGCCAUGUUCGACCAGGCCCAGACGGAAAUCCAGUCUACCAUGGAGGAGAACACCUACCCCUCGUUCCUCAAGUCCGAUAUUUAUUUGGAGUACACGAGGACAGGCUCGGAGAGCCCAAAGCUCUGCAGUGACCAGAGCUCCGGGUCAGGGACAGGGAAGGGAGUACCUGGAUACCUACCCACUUUGAACGAAGAUGAGGAAUGGAAAUGUGACCAAGACGUAGACGAAGACGAUGGCAGAGACCCGGCUCCCCCCGGCAGGCUCACGCAGAAGCUGCUCCUGGAAACCACCGCCCCGAGGGCCUCCUCAAGUAGACGGUACAGCGAAGGCAGAGAGUUCAGGUAUGGAUCCUGGCGGGAGCCUGUCAACCCCUACUACGUCAACUCCGGCUAUGCCCUCGCCCCAGCCACCAGCGCCAAUGACAGUGAGCAGCAGAGCCUGUCCAGCGAUGCUGACAGCCUGUCCCUCACCGACAGCAGCGUGGAUGGAGUCCCACCUUACAGGAUCCGCAAGCAGCACCGCCGGGAGAUGCAGGAGAGCGUCCAGGUCAACGGGCGCGUGCCUCUACCUCACAUUCCUCGCACGUACCGAAUGCCAAAGGAAGUCCGUGUGGAGCCCCAGAAGUUUGCCGCAGAGCUCAUCCACCGCCUGGAGGCCGUGCAGCGGACGCGGGAGGCCGAGGAGAAGCUGGAGGAGCGGCUGAAGCGUGUCCGGAUGGAGGAAGAAGGUGAGGAUGGUGAUGUGUCCUCUGGCCCCCCAGGGGCCAGUCAUAAGCUGCCUUCAGCCCCGGCCUGGCACCACUUCCCACCCCGCUACGCGGAUGUGAGCUGUGUGGGGCUGCGGGAUGCACACGAGGAGAACCCGGAGAGCAUCCUGGACGAGCAUGUGCAGCGAGUCAUGAGGACACCGGGCUGCCAGUCACCAGGGCCCGGCCACCGCUCCCCGGACAGUGCACACAUGCCCAAGAUGGGAGCGCUAGGGGGCACAGUGCCCGGGCAUGGAAAGCACGUGCCCAAGUCGGGGGCGAAGCUGGACACAGCUGGCCUGCACCUCCACAGACACGGCCACCACCACGGCCACCAUGGCUCAGCUAGGCCCAAGGAACCUGCCGAGGCCGAGGCCUCCCGCCGGGUCCAGAGCAGCUUCGCGUGGGGCCCAGAGCUGCAUGGCCACGCAGCCAAGCCCCGAAGCCACAUGGAGAGCAUGGGCACCACCCCCACCACCAAUGACAGCCUGGCCUACAGCGGGAAGGCAAGCAUGACCUCCAAAAGAAACUCCAAGAAGGCUGAGUCGGGGAAGAGCACCAGCGUGGAGGCGCCAGGCUCCUCUGAGGAUGCAGAGAAGAACCAGAAAAUCAUGCAGUGGAUCAUUGAGGGCGAGAAGGAGAUCAGCAGGCACCGGAAGGCUGGCCACGGGUCGUCCGGGGCAAAAAAGCAGCAGGCCCACGAAAGCUCCCGGCCCUUGUCCAUCGAGCGCCCCGGGGCCGUGCACCCCUGGGUCAGCGCCCAGCUCCGGACCUCCGUGCAGCCCUCGCAUCUCUUCAUCCAGGACCCCACGAUGCCACCCAACCCGGCCCCCAACCCUCUGACGCAGCUGGAGGAGGCCCGCCGGCGCCUGGAGGAGGAGGAGAAGAGGGCCAGCAAGGCGCCCUCGAGGCAGAGGUAUGUGCAGGAGGUCAUCCAGCGGGGGCGCUCCUGUGUCAGGCCAGCGUGCACGCCCGUGCUGAGCGUGGUGCCAGCGGUGUCCGACCUGGAGCUCUCCGAGACAGAGACAAAAUCGCAGAGGAAAGCAGGCGGUGGGAGUGCCCAGUCGUGUGACAGCAUCGUCGUGGCCUACUAUUUCUGUGGGGAGCCCAUCCCCUACCGGACCCUGGUGAGGGGCCGUGCGGUCACCCUGGGCCAGUUCAAGGAGCUGCUGACCAAGAAAGGCAACUACAGAUACUACUUCAAGAAGGUCAGCGACGAGUUCGAAUGCGGCGUGGUGUUCGAGGAGGUGCGCGAGGACGGGGCCGUGCUGCCCGUCUUCGAGGAGAAGGUCAUCGGCAAGGUGGAGAAGGUGGACUGA